UCUACAACUGCCAUCAAGCAGGCGACGAUAAUGACGGGAGGAACAGCAGGAACACGGUCCGUGUUGGUGUGUUUGGUGGUGGUGCUUGCACUGAGUUCAGUGGGUGCACAGGAGCAGGAACAGCAGCAGCUGUGGCAGGAACAGCAGCAGUAUGGCAGUGAUGUUUAUGGUCAUGAAAUCGACGCUGCUGCUGGUCUUGACGACGUUGAGUUCGACCCAGAGGCAUUCGCCGUGGAGUAUCUGAGGUUUACCCCGUCAAAGGUCAAGCUCCACCCUCCCGACGGCGGCAUCAUCAUCAUUACACUUGGGCUGGUUGUGGGUGCUGGGCUCUCGGACGACCCAACGCAGCUGUAUCCGCCGCAAGCAAUGAUGACAACGGCCACCGGGAAGCCGCUCAUGGCAUUCAUCACGCCCGAAACGCGGGUCUCCGGCAACGAGCAAUACGGACAUUACAGAAUCGAGGUGCCCGUGCCGCUGUGGAACGUUGGCGACGGCGACUACAAGCUCGAGUUUGUGUACGUCGUGGACAAGCAAGGGCGGGACGGGUAUUUCAUGGCCGAUGAUCUCGCUGCAUAUGGGAUGGAGACCACAGUCACCGUCACGGGCGCACGCGCAGACUCGUCCCCACCGCUGCUGCUCGGGCUGAGCGCACGACAGGAGGACGUGUGCACGCGGGAUGUGGAGUUGCGACGCGAUGAGCUCACGCAGGAGGCGCCCUGUCCCGUCUCCGUCACCCUCGUCGUCAGAGAGACUGGCGGGUCUGGGUUGAGCUCGCGGGUGUAUGGGGGACUGUAUGAGCUUUCACGUGUGACUCUCGCAAGCACACACGCGCCCGCAAUACAGACCGUGUCUGAGUAUGUGUUGCCUGCAAGCAUUGAUGUGGAGGCGACAAAGGCGAUGGAGCUGCAGGGCGCCAUCGUCGUCACCGUGCACGUGCACAUGCCGUUUUGGGUUUGGCCAGGCGGCUGGGAGGUGCGGGAGGUGCUGUUGGUUGAUGGUGCCGGAAACAGCAACUUGUGGGAGCGAACUGAGCUCGCGGCGAUGAAGACAUUCACCACCCUCUUCACCGUGCACAACGCAAACCUCACAUAUGUUGGCGAGGACUUGUUCGACUACCUGGAUGAGAGGAUAGCGUUUGACGAAUACGGGGAAUACGAUGACGGUUACUGGUGAUGAUGAUGAUGAUUGAUGAUGAUGAUGAUGAUGAUGAUGAUGAUGAUGAUGAUGAU